GAGAGCCUCUCAAACAUCGGAGCGACUGACCGCAAAAAAAAACCUCCUGCUGCACCUCUCGCUCUCCCCCUUUUGGAUUCCAUCCAGGCUUUUUUAUUUGGAUUUUGCUGAACGUGAAGAAGACUGACAGUGGUGCCCUCUUUCUGACAAGCUGUGUUUGCGCUCAGUCCUGCCGUUUUUCUCUUGUUGUUACUGGAAACUUACCCUCAGGAUCCUCAUGUGUCAGAGGGGGUGAUUGACAACGCAGUAGAUAUGGACAGUCUGAACAGGAACCUGCCUGAGUGUGGACGGCAAACCCAUCAGGUGUUACAGAGCACGCCACUGGAUCUGUUUGAGGGCGGCAAGGGGCUGAAGGUCCAGGCAGAGCGCCCCCAUCUGGUCAGUCUGGGCAGUGGCCGUCUCAGUACGGCCAUCACACUGCUGCCCCUUCCUGAAGGCAGGACCACGUUGGGCCAUGGGGCGAUGGACAUCAGCAUCCAGGGCCCAGGAGUUGUCGCCCAGCACUGCUACAUAGAGAACCGGGCAGGGAUCAUCACUCUCCACCCCUGUGGGAACCAGUGUGCCACAGACGGGCUUCCUGUCACCAAACCGGUCCGCCUGUCACAAGGCUGUAUGCUGUGUUUUGGCCAGUCAGUAUUUUUCCGCUUCAACCACCCAGAGGAGGCGUUCAGGAUGAAGAGCAUGAUGCCAGGGGGAAGCAAGGGCUCUGGUGGGAACUACAGAAUCCACUCAGACUCAAAGAGCCUGGUCAAUGGGAACCAUCAAUCAGGAGCAUCCCAGUCGCACCACCCAGCCCCCGGUGAGAGAGUCCCCCGCUCCGAGCAUAGUGCCAUCGUCAGCUCCAUCGAAAAGGACCUCCAGGACAUCAUGGACUCCCUAGUCAUGGAUGAUCCCCAGCCUUCCUCUUCAGACUCAAAACAUCCAGACCACCCCAUCCCCCACUCCCCGCUGUCCCCCAUGGUCAACGGAGGAGGCCGCUACCUCCUCUCCCCUCCCACCAGCCCAGGGGCCAUGUCAGUGGGCUCUAGCUAUGAGAACACCUCCCCGCCCUUCUCCCCUCUGUCCUCUCCCUCGGCGGCCAGCAGCGCAGGCAGCUACACCAGCCCUUCUCCCAGCGGCUGCCUGGACCCCCAGGACCUAUCCCUGCCCCCCGUGCCGGUCCGCUCAUCCAGCUACAACUACACAACUACACCACCCAUCCCCCAGCCAAGGACCAUAAUGACAAACUACAGCCCCGGCGGUGGGGUGCAGAGGGUUCCUGAGAGCCCCAGGCUCCAGAGGAAAUGUCUCCUGGAGACCCCCCAGAGCCCCAAGCCGGCCCGCAGAGGCCAGAGCCUGGACAGCCCAGGGGUGAUGGGUUCAGAGAGCCCCAGACUGACCCACCUAUCUGUUGCAUCAGCCGAUGCCGGGUACAUGGGCAGGAACGCAGUGCCAAGUAACCCCAGACUCACCUCCAAUUCCCCCUACGCCGCCACGGCUUCCUCACCAUCCAGUCCCAGGACGAAAGCGGGCACCAUCCUCCAGGAGCGUCCGGCCAGCCCCUUCAGAGAGCAGGCGGACCGCUCCCUCACCUCCAGCUCUUCCAGACAGCUGCUAUCCCAGCCCAGCAGGGCCUUCCAGCCUCCCCUGGACCCCAUCGUCCACAUAAUCCAGGGGGGCUCUCCACUCCAGCAGCACCACCCCUUCCCCCACCCUCUCACGCUGCAGCCCCCAAAGAGCCCCCGGCUCUCCCACAGGAACCUCGACCUCAGCGGCGGUGGUGGCAGCAGCAUGAGGGAGCUCCCCCCUCUCAGCCCCUCCAUGGCUCGCAGAGGGGUGCCUGUUCUCCCGGGGGCUCUCCCUGGAAGUAUCCCCAUGUUGAGAACGCCCGAGAGCCCAUCAUCAUUGGGGAAGCUGGGAGUCCCGGAGAGCCCCGGGCUCCGACGCAAGGCCGGCUCCCCCCCGGAGGACCAGUUUGGCGGCAGUGUGGUCCGAGCCCGCAGCCCCUCCCCUACCUUGGGGCUGAUGAUGAUGGAGAGUGGGAGAGGGGGAAGGAAGGCCAGCUUUGGGAACGCCCUCUCCCCUGCUUACAGCCUGGGUUCCCUACCUGGCUCUUCGCCUCUCGCCAGCCCUAGGGGCCAUAGGAAGAUGUCCGGGGGCCCCCGGGAUCAGAGGGGCCCCCACCCGGGCAUGCGGGAACGGAAAAACAGCAUCUCUGAGAUCAGCGACAACGAAGACGAGCUGUUGGAGUACCACCGGCGCCAGAGAGAGGAGAGGCUCAGGGAGCAGGAGAUGGAGAGACUGGAGAGGCAGAGGCUAGAGACCAUCCUGAACCUGUGCGCCGAGUACAACAAGGGCGACGGGCCCUUUGGGGGCGAGGCAGAGGGGAGGAUGGGCUUCCCUGGGGGCCUGGGACCGGUGGAGGGGGCGGCCAGGAGACCCUCUAUGGACAGCUUGGCAGGGUCCAGCUCGCUGCAUCGUAGCAUGGCCCAGAGACAGCAGAGGGAGAGCGACGAGGAGAACCUCAAGGAGGAGUGCAGCAGUACAGAGAGCACCCAUCAGGAGGUGAGGACGCCACUUCCUCCACAGGCCCUCCACAAUGGAGACCGAUACCAGCAUGAGGAGCAGUCUGUUUCUGGCAGCGUGGAGCGGACAGAGCUGGGUUACCUGGAGGACGAGAGGGUCAGAGUGCUGGCCCGAGUCGACGAGCUCAAAUCACGAAUAACAGAGCUGGAGCAACAGCUACAGGAGUCCAAGCAGGAGGCAGAGAUGGAGCGGGCCCUGCUGCAGGGGGAGAGGCAGGCAGAACUGGACCAGGUAGAGGCAGAGACUGAGAUCAUCGGACAGCUGCAACACAAGCUCAACGAGCUGGAGAACGCCAUCCAGAGGGAGAAAGACAAGGCAUUGCCAAAUCCUGGAUGGCCUCCCAAGACUGUAUCUAGUUGGUUUUGCCAUCCCAAGGAGAGGGCAAAUGUUGACGCAGAGCGCCGAGACCUGGCGAGCCUCCAGGAGGGUUACAGUGAGCUGAAGAACCAGCUUCAUAACUGCCCCGAGUCACUGAGGGAGCAGUUACAGGAACAGCUCAAAAGGGAGGGCGAGACCCUGGAGUCAGAGACAAAACAGUUUGAGGACCUGGAGUUCCAGCAGCUGGAGAGAGAAAGCAGCCUGGAGGAGGAGAGGGAGACCAUCAGCCAGCAGCUGCUGCAGGAGAGGGCCGAGUACCACACCAGCGUGGCCAAGAGGAAGGACAAGGUGGCAGCUCUGGAAGGCCAGGCCAGUCAGCUGGGACAGCAGGCGUCUCAGGAGUGUGACAGGCUGGCUAAGGACAGGAACCUUACCCUGCAGAUUCUCCAUAAGGAGAAAGAGAGGCUAUCGGCCUUAGAGAAGAGGUACCUCAGCCUUACCGGAGGAAGAUCUUUCCCUAAGUGUUCCAGCACCAUGAAAGAGGAAUUGCUCCAUAUCAGCCAGACUGACCUGUUAGAGGACUCCCACUCCCAGCAUCCUCUCUGCCGUCCCGCUGCUUCCUAUUUAAGCGCCGCCUCUCAGUUAUACCCAGGGGGCAGCCCGACAGAGGAGUACAUGAAGCUCUCUGAUGUCUAUGAGAUGUUUGGGAGUGAUUGCCAUGACACCCAACUCACCACCUCUGCUCAGCACGGCCUCUCGCUCAACCUAGAUGCAGCUGUACCCUGCGAGGAGUACGUGACUGUGGGCCAGUUAACUCAGUUCUUUGGGAUGCCGAAGGUCGAGUCCUCCCCUACCUCUCCUCUCCGGCCCCUCCAGUCAGGAGCUGGAGACCCCGCCUUCUCCUGCCUCUCCUUUCGUCACGGCUCCUCCCCCUCUCUCUCUGUUGAGUAUCAGCCUGAGUGCAGUAGGCCUCAAAUCCCCACUCUCGAUUUAGAGCAGUGGUACCAGGAGGUGAUGGCUGCUGUGGAGAGCAGCCAGCUCUGCCCCCCUCCCCCUCUCCCAGCUAAACCUCUCUCCACUCGCAGGCCUAUGCAGGUGUUCCGUUCCAAGCUGGACAGUGAUGCUGGACAGACGGUACAUCAACCCAAAGCAGGCUCCGGAUCCCAUCUGCAGUACGUAGCCACUACACUGGGACGCAACACGACCUCCAAGAGCCCACUGAUGGUUCCCAACAGUACAGGCAGUUUGCCACGGAACUUGGCUGCCACCAUGCAGGACAUAGAGACCAAGAGAGCGCUAGCCUUACAGCAGAAAGAGUCCUCCUUGCCUUCCACGUCUGAGUCUCCCUGCUCCACCAUGGACAAUCCCACAGACAGACCGAUAGACAGACAGACCACUCAACCUGGGAGCCAACAGGUGAUCGAGGAGCAGCGGCGUCGAUUGGCUGAGCUGAAGCAGCGGGCUGCAGUCGAGGCCCAGUGCCAGUGGGAUGCGCUCCACGGCUCUCAGACCCACCUCUACGCCCCCUCACACGCCCACGGCCCUCCCAUGGUGCACCACUCCAUCCUGCACCACCAGCCGCCAUCGGCGGGCGAGCAGCCGUACGACACACUGAGCCUGGAGAGCUCCGACAGCAUGGACACCAGCGUCUCCACAGGCAACAACUCGGCCUGCUCCCCCGACAACAUGUCCAGUGCAAGUGGGAUGGAUGCGCUGAAGAUCGAGGAGAUGGAGAAGAUGCUGAAGGAAGCCCACCUAGAGAAGGCCAGGCUCAUAGAAUCCAGAGAGCGAGAGAGCCAUGCCCGUAGGCAGAUGCUGGAGGAGGAGAGGAGGCGGCGCGAGGAGGCUGAGAAGAGGCUGCAGGACGAGACCGUGCACAGGCAGCAGCUGGUGGACAAGGAGGUGAAGAUGAGGAGCAAGAACUUCUCCCAGGCCCGUCCUAUGACUCGUUACCUGCCCAUCCGCAAGGAGGAGUUUGACCUGCGCUCCCACAUCGAGUCAUCCGGCCACAACGUGGAGACCUCUCACCACGUGAUCCUCACAGACAAGAUGUGUAAGGGUUACCUGGUCAAGAUGGGCGGCAAGAUCAAGUCGUGGAAGAAACGCUGGUUUGUCUUCGACCGCCUCAAAAGGACCUUCUCCUAUUACGUUGACAAGCACGAGACCAAACUGAAAGGAGUCAUCUAUUUCCAGGCCAUUGAAGAGGUCUAUUACGAUCACCUGCGUAGCGCCACGAAGAGCCCCAAUCCCUCAUUGACCUUCUGUGUGAAGACUCACGACAGACUCUACUACAUGGUGGCCUCUGCCCCGGAAGCCAUGAGGAUAUGGAUGGAUGUUAUAGUAACUGGAGCAGAGGGCUACACGCAGUUCAUGAACUAAGAGGAGACUUGUGUACGGUGGCCCAGCAGUGAAACCAUCAUAAGGAGACAGCUGGGACACACUUCAAUAGACUCAGGCCUUAUCCUCUCCCAGUAUUGGGAAAUUGCCUUGUUAAGUUCAUUGUAUCUAUUUUUAAAUCACUUUACAAUAGACGUUUUUCUACUUGCUUCUGCCCGCAGAUUGAAAAAGACACUGUAUAUAACCAAUGUCAGACUUUCUGCUCAAAAGCCUUUAUUUUUGCCAAAUUGAGUGUUACAGGCUCUUGCUUGUGAGACCUACUUUGUGUAUCCGUGUCUAAUAGUUCACUUUUUUUUACUCUGGAAGUGGAGAAUAAACCUCAUUGAAACCAGUGAGGAAGAUGGAACUGUUGAGCCAUCGGCUUACUGCUGAACUAGAUUCCACUAAUGUUGCCAAGUCCCGAUGACAGCCAUUCCACUGAGACCAAACAGUACAAUGCUAAUCAUUCUGUGCCUUGAGGUCAUAAGCCUAGUCGGUUAUUGUCACUGAACAGUAAGUUCCAGCCCCCCUGUAGAUCUGAUUGGAUAGGUGGUGACGCCAGGUCAAAUUGCUUCCGCUUUAGAAUGUCAUGGUCUGGUAGCUUGACAUUGUAAAGAUUCUGAAUGUGUUUUAGGUUUGUGAAAUUGAGUUGUAUUUCUUUAUGGUUUAUAGUACCUCAAGUGUGAGAAAAGACCUUGAUAUAUUUUCCCCACACCGAAAUGGGUAUAACCAAAUGUUCAGUGUUAGAAAAAGGUUUUAUACUGUAAAAUGUCACUCAUUCAACCAGUAUUGUACAAAAAUACAUUUCAAAAGAAGUCUAAUGGCCAAGACACUUCAGUUAACAGUAUACAUCUAGUCUCUCACACUGUAGAACAUAGCUCCCAUCUGACACACCAUAUGUUGACUGUACACUUUCAUGUAUGGAUUCUCAAUUCAGAUCUAUUAAACCAGACUCUGUAACAUUU